CUGUCUGUUUUAAUGUUUAUUUUCAGAUGCUCAUUCGGUUAGAUGUGAGAAGAACCGAAUAGCUCCUGGAAAGCAUUGCGAAAGAAUUGGGGUUGCUGAGUCUUCUGGUCAAAGAGUUCCUCCUGGCACGAGUCCUGCAGACGUGCAAUCAUGUGUUGAUCCAGAUUCUGUGCAGUCGAUGGUUGGAAGUACGAUGUUGCAAUUUGCAAAAACGAGGAAGCUAUCUAUUGAACGGUCGGAAUUGAGGAACCGUAGCCUCCUUCAGAAGAGAGAGUUCUUUCACUCUCAUCGAGCUCAGCCCAUGGCUCUAGAACAAGUACUUUCUGACAGAGAUAGUGAAGAUGAAGUUGAUGAUGAUGUGGCAGAUUUUGAAGAUAGAAGGAUGCUUGACGAUUUCAUUGAUGUGACCAAGGAUGAGAAGCAGAUGAUGCAUAUGUGGAACUCGUUUGUGAGGAAGCAGCGAGUAUUAGCAGAUGGUCACAUUCCAUGGGCAUGUGAAGCGUUUUCAAGAUUGCACGGCUCCAUCAUGGUUCGAAUACCGCAUUUGAUCUGGUGUUGGAGAAUGUUUAUGGUUAAACUGUGGAACCAUGGCCUUCUUGACGCCAGAACCAUGCACAACUGUAAUGUCUUUCUCGAACAGCUCCCAAAUUGAAGACCCAGGAACACUAUUUAACUAGAAGAAAAGUGUAACCAUUAAAAUGUGAGAGAAUAAGAGUUUUGUGUCUGAUUUUUAACCACUUUGGUCCUUUGAUCUGUGAUUGUUUUGGCUGUACACUAUUUCCAGUGUUAUUAAUUUACAUUUUCUCAUCCAGGAUUAUGUUAAUUUACAUGAUUUAUUAGUCCACAUUUUUUUUUA